CGACCCUGUAUAUUGCAGAAGAUGAGAAAAAGAUGGCAGUGAAAGGUUGCCACAAUUUCAAUAAUUUUAUUUCUAUCGCAGCCCAAAUGAUUUUCUGGUAAAAGCGAUGUUAAUAAUAAAAAGAAUAAAUCUUGUGAAGGUCCGCUGAAGAUACUAAUUUGUGGUGUGCUCUUAUCAGGUGAUAUCAACUUGGACAGACGGAAAUGACAGUUGGGGAAAUGUGAACUUUGACAAAUUAUAGUCAGCUGCCUUACAAUAAUGUGCGUUUUUGUGCCUCUUUUCGAAAAUUAUGUGUAAUAUCGUGCUUCGUAAAUAUCUGCCAUGUACGAAAUUGGAUAAAAACUGAAUCUCCCACGAUGCACUUUUCCAAUGACACCCAUUGCAUAUACGACACACCGUGCGAUCCCAACGAUGCCGGAUAUCAAAAAGCGGCGAGAUCAAACGAACUCUCCGAGCCGUCUAAGACGCGCUGCGAUAAACUAAAGACCGGCGCUUCGUGUCAGGCGUUGAGACAUGCGGUCGCGUCUCUCAAUCGUCUCGACGAUUUCCAGCAGGAGAAAAUCGGAUCCGGAUUCUUCUCUGAGGUUUUUAAGGUAACCCACCGUACGACGGGUCAAGUGAUGGUGCUCAAAAUGAAUUUGUUACGUUCCAAUCGCCGCAAUAUGCUCAAAGAGGUUCAGCUGAUGAACAAACUGUCGCACCCAAACAUAUUAGGUUUCCAGGGCGUUUGCGUUCACGAGGGACAACUUCACGCCCUCACUGAGUAUAUAAACGGCGGCUCUUUAGAACAAUUGAUACAAAAUCGGUCCGUCGAACUGCCGCAGCACGUGCGAGUGUCAUUGGCUAAGGACGUCGCGUCUGGGAUGCAAUAUUUGCAUUCCAAAAAUGUCUUCCAUAGAGAUUUAACUAGUAAGAAUGUACUGAUAAGAGAAAAGGAAAAUGGCGACCUACAAGCGGUGGUCGGCGACUUUGGACUGGCAGCUCGCAUCCCGGACCCGAAAACGAAACCGAAACUGAGCACCGUCGGUUCUCCAUAUUGGAUGUCGCCGGAAUGCCUCAAGGGACUGUACUACGACGAAAAGAGCGACGUGUUCAGUUACGGAAUCGUCCUUUGCGAGCUGAUCGCGCGCGUCGAGGCGGAUCCGGAUCAAUUGCCGAGAACGGACAAUUUCGGCUUAGAUUAUCUUGCCUUCCUAGAAUUGUGUGAACCUAAUUGUGUACCUGAUUUCUUACAAUUGGCAUUUCGAUGCUGCACGAUAGAACCGAUUAGCCGGCCGAGUUUUACCGAAAUUAUCGUGAUACUUAGUGAUAUUCAAAGCGAAAUUAAGCAGGCGACGGAAGCGGCCCAGUUGGUCAACUGUCCGGCGCGCAGCGAAGAGCAGCUACCCGUGCUAUUUAUCCAAGCGGCGGCUCCACAACAUCGCAAAAGUUUACAUCGAAGGUCAUUAUCGGAAGACGUGUCCGCAUUAGCGCUUUCCAUUUAUGCGACACCUAGUGAAAAGGCUCGCCGACACGCCCUCACCAUGUGUAGACAAGAUCCGCACUAUAAGCCGCGCACCAGCAACCCGUUUGCGGCGCUUGAGCAAUUUCGCGGUGUUAAAAAGUUACUAGGUAACUCACUUUUCUCAUCCUGCUGCGAAGUUCCCGUGCCGUAUGAAACUUCGGAGUCUCCGCGUUCACUACCGGGCUCGCCGACAAGUGCUCGUAAAGUCCCAGUGCGUAUUCCUCUGUUUGUCGAUCCUCUGUAUAAGGGAGGGUCAAGUACUAAUUUAUGUGAUAUAUCGACACAAGAAACGACCACCCCGUCACUAAGAAGGCGCGGUUCUUGCGAGUCCGGCUUUUAUUCUAGCGUUGGAGAGUGCCUGUCACCCAAUAGUCUAUGGGACAGUGGAACGGCAGUCAGUUCGCUGCGAUCCUUGGACGAGUUGGAGCCUAGUGAGCUGCAGGCGCUUUGUAAACGUGCAUCUUCAAUCUACACAGAUAGCAGUGACGAUAUUCCCAGUAUGGGAGGAUCAGAUUGGACACAGGACUUGCGCCCGAAUAUAUCCAGUAUUGUCGAGUAUUUUGAGAAGAAGGGUGCAACUCUACGCCAUUCUGGAACGGCGUGCGGCGAUUUACAGUUAAGUUCUCGUAUAGCGGCCCUGAGACGUUCGCUCGAAAGACAAGGUUCAAACGUUUCCACGAAUUCCGGCCCCCAGCUGAUGCAACGUCACAAGUUCUCGCGCAACAUCAUUUGCGAAGGUGCCGUUCGAUCGAAACUGCCUUUAUUCGACAAAAAAUAGGCCAGUCUUCCCUUACUUAUUAUUUCUAGUCAUAUAUUUUACAAGCAAAUUGUUGUAUAUAUGAUUUCGAGGCUUAACUAAUUAGAAUUUGUAUUAUU